AGCUACGCAAAAGGUGCUCGACUCACAAAGCUUCCUCUUGCCUCUUUAUCUCGGUCGUUAAACCACUCAUCUACAAAUUCGACUGAGAUAAACCUGGGGCAAAAUGACGGACAAGCUUCCCCCUCCGCUGCUGGCGCUCUUCCAGCCUCGCCCACCGCUACGUUGGGUCACUCCCAUUGACCGCGCCCCCGAAGACGUCAAGAAGAGCAAAAUCUCAGGCAUCGCACAAUUCCUUCCCGACGCGAAAAAGGCUGCAGAGGAGACCGAAUACAACCCAGCUGAAACCUGGUUGCAGCGCAAAUGGCGCCAAAAGACGGAGAAGAAGGAGCGGUUGAAUAAGCAUUUGACCGAAGGCCUCGAGUCUUUUGACCCCAACAAUGAUGGGCAAGCGCGCGGCGAUCCAUUCAAAACUCUUUUCGUUUCUCGGUUAAGCUAUGAAGUGACCGACCAAGAUCUCGAGCGAGAGUUCGGACGAUUCGGUCCUAUCGAAAGAAUUCGCAUUGUUAAAGAUACCGUUACGCCUAAAGGUUCGAAGAAGCCACACCGAGGGUACGCAUUUAUCGUUUAUGAACGCGAAAAAGACAUGAAAGCGGCCUACAAGGAAACAGAUGGCAUCAGAAUCAGAGACCGACGUGUCUUGGUGGAUGUUGAACGUGGUCGGACCGUGAAAGGAUGGAAGCCUCGUAGGUUCGGUGGUGGUCUUGGGGGGCGUGGUUACACCAAGGCACUGCCUUCACGACCUAUUGGCCCAGGAGGUUUUGGCCCACCUUCUGGACCCGGUGGUUAUGGCGGAGGUUUCCGAGGUGGCUACGGCGGGCGAGGAGGUUUCAAAGGAGGAUUCCGAAACGAUCGUGGAUUCGGACCCCGCGGAGGCGUUGGAUACCAAGGAGGCCGGGGCGGAUUCGGUGGGCAGGCGCCACCAAAUGCUCCAUCGGGACCAGGAGGUGGCCGAAGUGGAGGAUUUGGAGGUCGUGACCGCGAAGGGCGCGGUGGCACAGGUAGCAAUCGUGAGCCCAUCCGGCCAAGGGACAGCUAUGGAGAUCGAGACAGGCGAGACCGUGAUCGUGAUGACCGCCGUGACCGUGAUAGGGACAGCUAUCGUUACCGCGACCGUGACCGCGAGCGCGACCGCUACGGAGGUAGGGAGGACCAAGGACGAAAGAGGUAUCAUGAAGAUGAUUCAUACGAUGAUCCUCGUGCUAAGCGGCGUUACUAAAAGCGUCCCGCUUAUCCCAGGGAUUUCCAUUAACAUUGCACGCUAUGAUGGUUUGUUGGUGGGUAUUUCUGGUUGACAGUCUUUCUUUGCUCUUAUCGCCCACCCCAACAUUGCACUGGGUAAGACAACGCAAGGCCAAUGCCAACACCAGCAGCUACCUCGGACCCGCCUACUUACAACAGUCGAAAAAAAAA